AUGAGCUCAAACGACCAUUAUCACGACCAAGAGCAGAUAUCUCAGCCUUUCGGAUAUACCUUCGACGACAGCGAGCCCUCGACUUCCGCCGCCGCCGUGCAGCCUGCCGGUCAGCCUUUACUGAACACCCAAAGCUCGGCACAGAUCUUAGGCUUCCUCAACAAUCCUGAGGACUUCGACAUCGGCUUCAGCGACACUUUCGUCAACCAAGAUAUCUAUGGAACAGGCCUCACGGAUAUCAACGAGGCUUGGAACUCUGACCCUCACAGCUUUCAACGUCAGCAAAGCAUCGCACCCUCUCAGACAAUUAGGCCUGCUCCGGCCUUCGCACCAGUGCAGCCAUUUAGCCCUGUAUCGCCGUUUGACGGUCGUCCGCCUCAUGGACUAUCACACCCCUUCAACCCUCCGUCCGGCUCGUUCAGCAACUCUUCGCUGGUUGCGCCCAACUUCGCAACCUCUGGGCCACAUUUUGGGCAUGAGGCCCAUCCGUUCGCAGGCCGCGCGAACAGCAUACCUAUCACAACCUCUGACGAUGUCAUCGGGGCUGCCUCCACACUCUCCGGACUGAACAGCUUCCACACCCAGCAGCAGCACGCCUAUCCGACGCAGCAAUAUCCUCAAGGAGACUAUGGCUUCACCAACCUUAGUAGCGUGUCCGGUCCCGCCAUGACCACCGCCUCUCUGUCCUCCAAUCCCGCCAUAAUUACACCGCCACCAUCCUCCUUCUACCAAGCGAAUAUCUACACAUCUUCCUCCGCAGACAUGAACGGCACGCCCGCCCCGGUCUUCAGCAACAACAUGCCAUAUACCUACGGCUCCGCCACCCCCAACUUCGACCCCUACAACUACAUGAACUACCAACCGCCCGCCUCCUCGCGCAACGCAGCCCAACCCCGCCUCUUCCGCUUCGGCUCCGACAGCAACUUCGACACCAGCGGUUACCACGCGCCCCCGACCCACGACGAAGCCCGCGUGCUCGAUCGGCUACAGCAGGACAUGUCAGCCUUCAUACCCACCAGCGCCAACAGCACGCAGCCGAAUAGUCCCGUGCUAAGACGAGGAGAGAUGAAGCAGCCUGUCGCGGUGAUGCAAGGAGCCGGGCGAACAGCCGACGCGGAAAGAGAGAGCGAGGCCGAGGAAGCGGAAAGCGCGACAACGACGAGUCGGAAACGCCGCAAAGGGAAGGGAAAGCCAAAGGCUGAAGACUUCUUCCCGAAUCCGCCCGCGGGGAUGAGUGAUGCCAUUACCGCUACGCCGACAGCGGGGGCCGCGCGCAAGUCUUCCGCGACGGCCGAGCGCGCAGCCAAGGUCCGCAAAACAUCCCGCGCCGCUGCCUCCGCCAUAACCGCAGCCACCACCACAACAACAACAACACCCCCGAAAACAAAACGCGCCUCCAUACCAGCCAGCAGCAGUGCCACCACAGCAGCCAGCGCCAGCGCCAGCGCCGCCGCCGCCCCCGCCAGCAAACCCGCCCGCGAAAACCUGACCGAGGAGCAAAAACGGCAGAACCACAUCCUGUCCGAGCAGAAGCGGCGGAACCUGAUCCGGAAGGGCUUCGAGAAGCUGAACGAGCUCGUGCCCGAGCUGCGCGAGAACUGCCCGUCCAAGAGCCAGGUGCUGGACCUCACGGCCGGCUUUCUGGACCGGCUCAUCCAGGGGAACGGGGAGCUGAGGGGGGUGUUGGGGGAGCAGCGGCAGCAGCCGCCAGAGAGGGGAGAAGGGGACGAGGUGGAGGAGCGGUAA